UCGUGCGCUUUCUAGAAGAGACCAAACAAACAGAACACUAUAUAACUAGAUUUAUCCACUAGUGUAAGUAACUACGAAAAUUCCUCGUUUAGGAACUCCGUUACAUCAAUCUAAAUUUACUUCACUUGCUUCAAUUUUAGCCUUUCCAUUUUCAAAGGUUUUGUUGAAAGAAUGGGUCUAGGAAAGAGGUGCAGCACGCGCGGGAAUGAGAGAGUAGGGUGCGUUCGGUUUUCGAGAUCGUUUGGGAGGAAGAGGGUUGUGAUCUCGAAUGAUAUGGAGGUGGAUUCGUGUUUGGUGACUCCUAUGAAGAUGCAUUGUGAGGGGAAAUCAGCCAUCGAGUCGCUGCCUCAAGAUGUUCUCAUUAGGAUAUUAUGUGGAGUGGAACAUGAUGAUUUGAAGAUGGUGCUACGAGUGUCCAAAGCCUUUCGAGAUGCUACUUUAGUUGCGAAGCGCUUGCAUUUUGAGUAUACCACGCCUAGGAAGAGAUUGGCUUUUCGAAAUCCUGCUGAUUUCGAGGGGGAGCUGGAUGGUAGAACUCCGAAUGCGCCGAAGCAGACCAGAGUUUCCAAGUCUAGGUUUGGGGGGAAUAAGGAAGAAGAAUGGUGGCCCAGGAGGGCUUUAUUUGUCGAAAUGGAGACAGAGAUAUGAGUAGAGGGUACGUUUUUGUAUAGCUAUUGUUGUGUACUUUGAGUAGAAUAUGGGCUAGUUAGGGAUAGUGAGAUUUUGAGACAUUCUUGGCUGGCCAUGAUUCUUCAAUCCUUUCAUUGAAGAGAGUUUGGCUUUUUUGUAUGAUUUGAGGAGUGAAGACAGUGUUUGAGAUUGUAAUUUAUUGUGAAAAACGGGGAGGGUGUUUUGUAAAUUUAUGAUUGUUGUAUUCUGUGUAAUGCCACACUUCUCUUGCUGGCAUAGUUCAUGCAUCAAAUGUAAGAGGAGUUUUUAUACUAUGGAUUCUUUCUGGAACUUGAUAUGUAUGUUUAGUUUUACA